CAUCCCCCCCUCCCCCCCUCCCCCCCUCCCCCGACAAGAGUCAUAACCCCGACAAUGCGGUGCCUAUCAUCAACCCGAACUUGCCGUUACAGUCUUACUAUUACUCACUCGCGUCGAGGCUAUGGUAUAGAUUGCUUUUAGGUGGUACGCGACACUUUGGGUAUUGGGAGCACGACACUUAUCCUUAUCCAAGGGUCUACGCAACAUGGAAGACAAAAUGGCUGGAAUGAUUGCACUGCCCCCUGGCUCUCAGGUGCUCGAUGCCGGCUGUGGUGUUGGGCCCUCGCCAUGCGCAACGCUACGUGGCCAUGGACUACGCGUCGAUGCUAUCGAUGUCGUGGACCAUCACGUUGCCAAAGCCCAACGAAAUGUCGAGCGCUCGGGCUUACCAAAAAGGACAGUUAGAGUAUGCAAGAUAUAUUAUCACAAUUUAGAUAAAUUUGCUGCUGAUUCUUUCGAUGGUGUUUACACUAUGGAAAACCUUGUAUAUGCUACCCACCCUAAAAGGCAGCUUUUACCGCAUUCUGCGCCCCGGCAGCCCUCUUAUACAGUUCGAAUACGACCACAACUUUCUUGAUAGCGCAUCUCGUGAUAUUGCUGAUUCAAUGGUGAAGGUGAACAAGUAUGCUGCCAUGCCCACCUACGCUAUAUCAUACCCUGGGGUGGUCCGGCAGAUGCUAGAAGAUGCAGGCUUUGAAAAUAUUAUUGCCCAUGAUUUUUCUGAUUUAAUAUUCGCCCUAUGACACGGGUGUUUUCCUUUUUGCGGACAUUCCAUAUUUCUCUAUUCGCAUCUUAAAACUUGAACGCUACUUUAUGAAUACAGUUGCAGGUGCACAGUCUUACAAAGGUUGUAAUCACUGGCAUCAUGUAGCUAUUCCAGCCACAAAGCCUGGCGAUGUAAUCGACGGGUUAAAGUCCAAAUGAUAUGCUUUGUUUGGCUACUUCUGGAACACAUUUUGACUAACAAUGGGU